AUGUCUACCUGCGAAGCAGACAACGACUACGAUGGUCGCAUGGGCGUCCGCAUUUCGGCUAUAUUCGUCAUUGGCGUCUGCUCACUAUUUGCAACAUGGUUUCCCGUCUUCGCUGCUAGGCACAGAGGGGUUGGCGUUCCGGAUUGGGCCUUCUUCAUCGCCAAGUAUUUCGGCUCCGGUGUCAUUAUAGCUACUGCCUUUAUUCAUCUACUCGCACCUGCCAAUGAUGCUCUGACUGAUCCAUGCUUGACUGGCCCCAUCACCGAGUACGAUUGGGUUGAAGGCAUUGUGUUGAUGACCAUCUUUGUCCUAUUCUUUGUCGAGCUCAUGACCAUGCGCUAUGCCAAGUUCGGACACAGUCACGAUCAUGAUGAUGAGCUGGAAUCUCAAGAUGAUUUGGGCAUCAAGCCUGAGCCUUUCACCGAUGGCAAGAAGCCCGAGAUUCACGAUCAUGCCGAACCUGCCUAUGAGUUGCCUGGACGUGUUAGCACAAGUACUGCUCACUGCCCCACCACUCCUCACGCUCGUGGUGACGACCACCUUGGCCAUGCCCGUUCUCAUGUCGACAACGAAAUUUCUGCCGGAUGGACCGAGGCUCAAAAGCAAGCGGCCGAUAGUGCUGUCAGCGAAUCUUAUGCUGCUCAAAUGACUGCUCUUUUCAUCCUCGAGUUUGGUGUCAUCUUUCACUCCAUCUUUAUCGGCUUGACAUUGGCUGUCUCUGGUGAUGAGUUCAACACCUUGUAUGUUGUCCUUGUCUUCCACCAGUCUUUCGAAGGUCUUGGUUUGGGAACUCGUCUCGCUGCUAUUCCUUGGCCCGAAUCAAAACGCUGGUCUCCUUACCUUCUCGGUGCUGGGUAUGCCAUCAGCACCCCAAUCGCCAUCGCCAUUGGUCUUGGAGUUCGUCAAUCCUUUGCUCCUGGCAGUCAGACCACUCUGAUUGCAAAUGGUGUAUUCGACAGUAUCAGUGCAGGUAUCCUGAUUUACACUGGUCUUGUCGAGCUGAUGGCACACGAAUUCAUGUUCUCAACUUACAUGCAAAAAGCCAGCAUCAAGACUGUCUUGACCGCCUUCUUGUUUAUGUGCCUUGGUGCCGGUUUGAUGGCUUUGCUCGGCAAGUGGGCUUAA